AUGUCGCACAAUAUCCUUGGAAAGCAAGUUGGCCCUAUUGGCUAUGGUCUCAUGGGCCUGACUGCGCGUCCUCUUCCUGACGAGACUACGUUUGCCGCCAUUCGAACUGCUCUCGAUGCUGGCUGCAACUGGCUCAAUGGCGGGGAGUUUUAUGGUCCACCAGACGCAAACUCACUAGCUCUCAUCCGCCGUUAUCUUGAAAAGUACCCCGAAGAUGCUGAUCGUAUCGUCCUUACCAUCAAGGGAGGCUUGGGCCCCAACUAUGUUCCUAUGGGUAGCAAGGAGAACAUCCGUCGCAGUAUUGAUGACUGCAUCAAGGCCCUGGGCCCUGCCGGACGAAUUGCUUCGUUUGAAAUCGGCCGCAAAGACCCCAACGCUGACUACGAGAACGACACCCUUGCCACCAUCGACGAGUAUGUCAAGGACGGUAAAAUCGACGGCAUAUCGUGCAGCGAAAUCAACGCAAAUACUCUACGCAGUGCAGCAAAGAGAUUCAAAAUCACCGCGGUUGAGCUUGAGCUGUCGCUCUUCACCACAGAGCCCCUGACAAACGGUCUCCUAGAGGCCUGUGGAGAACUUGGCAUUGCUGCUCUUGCAUACUCUCCCCUUGGAAGAGGCCUCCUUGGAGGCCAGAUCAAGUCCGCCAAGGAUCUUCCUGAAGAUGAUCCCCGUGCCAAGAUGCAUCCUCGCUGGCAGGGCGACAAUCUUGCGAAGAAUAUCGAACUUGUCAACAACGUUGAGGCUCUUGCGAAGAAGAAGGGCUGCACCGUGAGUCAGAUCGCUAUCAACUGGUUACUGUCCCUUUCUCGGCGCCCGGGCAUGCCCAAGAUCGUUCCUAUCCCUGGGUCUUCGAAGCCCGACCGCAUCCGGGAGAAUGCCACGAUUGUUAAUCUGACCGACGAGGAUUUGCAUGAUAUUGACAAUCUGCUCGCCUCCUUUACCCCAGCGGGCGAGCGAUAUCCCCCUCAGCAUAUGAAGUAUGUCGACGCAUGA